CCGGGGCACGAACCCGUGUCCCCUGCAUCGGCAGGCGGACUCUCAACCACUGCGCCACCAGGGAAGCCCUCUUCUUCCUUUUUAACAAAAUGAGAUCAGGCCUCAGUUCAAGGUCUUGCCUACUAGAAUUGAGAACAAUGGUUUGUUUUUAUUUGUAUUUCUACUUAGAGCUUCGUACCUUCUAUUUAUGACAGGUGAUUAUUGGUUUUCCAGUGAAGUAAAGAUACACAGUUUGCUUUUUAAAGUAAAUUUAAAGCAGCUGAGUUAACGAGUAUCAAAUUUAAAAGAUACAGGUAGUAUUUGGAUAUGGCAAACAUCAUUCAAUUUUAUUAUUUUAAAGGCAGGGAAAUUGAGACCCAGGCACGAGUCCCCAGAACCCAGGAUGGGUAAGUGUCUCUAACAUUUAGGAAGGACACAGCAUCUAUCUUCCCUGAAAACCAUAGACUGUGUUCUGCUUGAAGGUCACAGGCUAGGUAAGGCCCCCUUCUACGUUCAGGCUCGCAUUAACUCCUUUCAUGGGUGGUGUUUUCACUACUUCCAUUUUAGCCAAUAAAAGUGAGAACUUCUGAAGUUACUGAUUGUCCCUUUGGAACUCGGGGCACAAACCUGGCCAUUUUCGGAGACAAAGGGCUUCAUCCCUGUAGCUAGCAGUGACUGGUAGGGAGGAGAGGAAUGAGAUAAAAAUAGAAGUGGAGAGAAGUGUUAAGUAGAAAGUAAAAGACACAGCAGCUUCAGCAUUGUUAAGGACCUGAAACUCUGGAGUGGGGCAGCUACAUCUCCCAGACUGUCCCUGUCCUCAGUGGACAAAGCGAUAUGUCUCUGACAAAGCUCUGGCCAAAGUCACCCUUUCAUGCCAAUAUGACUGUUCUUACUUGUUACCAUGACUGUGAUGAUUUGACCACUAACCUUUGCUUGAGCACUUAGUAGGUGUCUGGCACUUGGCUAAGAUGUGACAUCCAUCCUCACAAGAAGCCUUUAAGUUAAAACCUUGGCCUCUGGAGCUGCACUCUGGGUUGGAAAACUGGCCUCUUGGAGCUGUGUGACUUAAGGCAAAUUAAAUCUCUCUCUGAGCCUCAAUUUCCUCAUCUCUCUAAAAUAGGCAUAGUAAUAUACCUAUCUCUCAGGAUCAGAACGGUUCUAUAAUAGUAUGCUUAUCAAGGGUAGAAAGUAAGCAGUUAUUAACAAUGUCACAUUAUUAAUCACUAUUGAUACUAGCACCAGGAAGACAAAGCUUCUGAUAGUCAUUCUACCCAAGGUCACAGAGCUGAACCAUGUUGGCUAAAUUGGUGGGAUAAGUCCAGGAGUGUUUGGGCCUCCGGGCUUCAGGGCCCAGAGCUGGGGUGGCAUGGCAGGGGCUACUGGACAGGGGCCCAAGCCGCCUGGUGGGUGCUCCAAGCGGCCUCCAGGACCCAGACCCAUUUUCUGAGGCUCGGACUGGCCGGAGACUCACACUGCUGUUACCUGCCAGGCGGGAUGCGGCGGAUCCUCAGCCCCGCGAGGCCGUCUCGCCUAGCGACAAGUAGCGAUGACCGGCCAGCUGCUCUCACCUCGGCUGGGAACCGAUCCCAUGCCAACCCUUGAAGCACAGGCCCAAGCGCGCCUUCCGGGAGCCGCGGGGCACGCCGGGAGCCGGUCCGCGCAGCCAAUCCCCACGCGGGGGCAGGUGGCAGUUGCCCGGCAAUGGCGGGGGCGCCCAGGCGAGGGCGCGAGGCCUGUAAGGCUGGGCGGGCAAGUGUGGAAGCCGGAGAGGUAGGUGACCUGCAGAUCCCAGAGGAGUCUGCUUUUCCAGUCCCCAGUUCCUUCCCUCCUACCUGGACUUGAAGGAAAGAGAUUAUCAAGACAAAUGAUAAGAAGCAAGAAUAAACCAUGGGAACUAAUAAAAAGAUAUUCAUAUUGAUUGAUCACGUACUGUGGGCCUGGCUCUUCACAGGGGUUAUUUCAUUUGAUCCUCAUUUGAUCUUGCAGGGAAAGUACGAUUACUGGCCUCAUUUUGUAAAUGAUUAACCGGAGGUUUAGACAGAUUAGGCACCUUGCCCAAAGUAACUCAGCUAGAGAGUAGCAAAGCUGGAAUUUGAACCGGGUGGUCCUGAACCCAGGUGGUCUGUGUUCUUACUGAGUCAAGCAGUGGACACCCAUUUCAAUUCACCGACAGAAGCUGCUAUAGGCCUACCUGCAGGGGCCAAUCCAGGCUUUCUGGGUCCUGAAACUUAGACAAUUGGGGGGCCCUCUUUAGGAAAAAGAAUAACAAAUUGCAAAUAUAAAAUCAGGUAGAAAAGAAACUUGUUUAGAACGUAAACAAAACACUGGCUAAUUUUACAGAAACACCUGACCAUGUGAGUGUGUUGCUAGGGCCCUACACAAAGGCAUCCCUGACCCUUAGCUCCCACUGAAGUCCUUUGUUCAGACGUCAAACUACCUUGCAGGCUUCUCUGCCCUUUCCCUGACUACCCUGCAUCCCAGCCACAGGCCCUCCCUUGGCUGGGCCCUGGCAAUGGGGUUUAGUAGGGCUUCUCUGGCUGUGGCAGCAAGCUUGGCCUGCCCAGUGAGCAAGCUGAAGUGCUAGAGAGUUAACGCCCUUGGUUGGAAGCAGCCCUCAAACACUGAUGGACCCAGAACUGGUAACCGUUGGCAGUCAAGUAGGAUCACGCUAAGAAAUCUUUUAUACCAGUGGUUCUUAGGGUGUGGCCCUGCAGCCCUUAACCUGUUAGAAAUGCACACUCUCAGAUCCCACCCUACACCUACACCUACUGAAUCAGAAACUCUGGGUGGUGGGGCCCAGCAGUUGGUGUUUUAACAAGCUCUCCUAGAGAGCCUGAUGCACGCUCAAGUUUGAGAGCCACUGUUCUACCACACUGUUUCCCAGAGUUCCCUGUGGCCUGGAGCUCCCGUGUCUACAAUGGUAACCUGCUCAAUAAUACACCUUUUUUUUUUGUCUCCUUCCUUUGCUUGUCUCAUUUCCUCACUCUUCAACUGGGGCUUCCUAGGAUCAUCUCCAAUAAACUACCUGCACUUGAACCCUUGUCUCAGGUCUGCUUCUAGAGGAACACCAGCGCAGUGCCUGAGAGCUAGCAGACUCUUAGUAUUUGUCAGAUGGAUGGAUGGAUGGAUGGACGGACGGGAGAAAGGCAAAGGAUGCUGGGGACCCACCUUGUUUUCUGUGGAUGCGGCUUCAUCCCUUCAACACUGCGGUGUGAUCGCUGCCUGGGAGGCCCACAGUCACAUACUCCCUCUGACGAGCCAUGAGGUGCCACGUCGCUUCCAGCUGCCUCGUGGUCUGGCUGUCUGUGCUGAUCUCUGGAUGCUGUGGCCAGGUGAACCGACUGCCCUUCUUCAUCAACCACUUCUUUGAAACAUACCUGCUGAUCAGCGAGGAUACGCCUGUGGGUUCCUCUGUGACCCAGUUGCUGGCCCGAGACAUGGACAACGACCCCCUGGUGUUCGGCGUGGUUGGGGAGGAGGCCUCCCGCAUCUUUGCGGUGGAGCCUGACACGGGCGUGGUGUGGCUCCGGCAGCCGCUGGACAGAGAGACCAAGUCGGAGUUCACGGUGGAGUUCUCUGUCAGCGACCACCAGGGGGUGAUCACGCGGAAGGUGAACAUCCAGGUCGGGGACGUGAAUGACAACGCACCCACGUUUCAUAAUCAGCCCUACAGUGUCCGCAUCCCUGAGGACACGCCAGUGGGGACGCCCAUCUUCAUCGUGAAUGCCACAGACCCCGACCUGGGUGCAGGCGGCAGCGUCCUCUUCUCCUUUCAGCCCCCCUCCCCGUUCUUUGCCAUCGACAGUGCACGUGGCAUUGUCACAGUGAUCCAGGAGCUGGACUACGAGACCACGCAGGCCUACCAGCUCACCGUCAAUGCCACGGAUCAAGACAAGACCAGGCCUCUGUCCACCCUGGCCAACUUGGCCAUCAUCAUCACAGACGUCCAGGACAUGGACCCCAUCUUCAUCAACCUGCCUUACAGCACCAACGUCUAUGAGCAUUCUCCUCUGGGCACGACGGUGCGUGUUAUCACCGCCAUCGACCAGGAUAAAGGACGUCCCCGGGGGAUUGGCUACACCAUCAUCUCAGGAAAUACCAACAGCAUCUUUGCCCUGGAUUACAUCAGCGGGGCGCUGACCUUGAACGGCGUGCUGGACCGGGAGAACCCCCUGUACAGCCAUGGCUUCAUCCUGACUGUGAAGGGCACAGAGCUGAAUGAUGACCGCACCCCAUCUGAUGCCACAGUGACCACAACCUUCAACAUCCUGGUGAUUGACAUCAAUGACAAUGCCCCAGAGUUCAACAGCUCCGAGUACAGCGUGGCCAUCACUGAGCUGGCACAGGUCGGCUUUGCCCUCCCCCUCUUUAUCCAGGUGGUGGACAAGGACGAGAACCUGGGCCUGAACAGCAUGUUCGAGGUGUACCUGGUGGGGAACAACUCUCACCACUUCAUCAUCUCCCCCACCUCCGUCCAAGGGAAGGCGGACAUUCGCAUCCGGGUGGCCAUCCCCCUGGACUAUGAGACUGUGGACCGUUACGACUUCGACCUCUUUGCCAAUGAGAGUGUGCCUGACCACGUGGGCUAUGCCAAGGUGAAGAUCACCCUCAUCAACGAGAAUGACAACCGGCCCAUCUUCAGCCAGCCACUGUACAACGUCAGCCUAUACGAGAAUGUCACCGUGGGGACCUCUGUGCUGACAGUCCUGGCAACAGACGAUGACGUGGGCACCUUCGGGGAAGUCAACUACUUCUUCAGUGAUAACGCUGAUCGGUUCUCUCUGGACAAGGACACGGGACUCAUCAUGCUGAUUGCCAGGCUGGACUAUGAACUCAUCCAGCGCUUCACCUUGACAGUCAUCGCCCGGGACGGGGGUGGCGAGGAAACCACAGGCCGGGUCAGGAUCAACGUGUUGGACGUCAACGACAACGUGCCCACCUUCCAAAAGGACAGCUAUGUGGGUGCCCUGAGAGAGAAUGAGCCUUCCGUCACACAGCUGGUGCGGCUCCGGGCAACGGAUGAAGACUCUCCUCCCAACAACCAGAUCACCUACAGCAUAGUCAACGCCUCCGCCUUCGGCAGCUACUUCGACAUCCGCGUGUAUGAGGGCUAUGCCGUGAUCAGCGUGAACCGCCCCCUGGAUUAUGAACAGAUACCCAACGGGCUGAUUUAUCUGACGGUCAUGGCCAAGGAUGCUGGCAACCCGCCUCUGAACAGCACUGUCCCUGUCACCAUCGAGGUGUUUGAUGAGAACGACAACCCUCCCACCUUCAGCAAGCCCGCCUACUUUGUCUCCGUGGUGGAGAACAUCAUGGCAGGAGCCACGGUGCUGUUCCUGAACGCCACGGACCUGGACCGCUCCCGGGAGUACGGGCAGGAGUCCAUCAUCUACUCCUUGGAGGGCUCCUUCCAGUUUCGGAUCAGCGCCCGCUCAGGUGAAAUUACCACCACCACCCUGCUGGACCGUGAAACCAAGUCUGAGUACAUCCUCAUCGUACGGGCAGUGGACGGGGGCGUGGGCCACAACCAGAAAACCGGCAUCGCCACUGUGAACAUCACCCUCCUGGACAUCAACGACAACCCCCCCAGAUGGAAGGACGCUCCCUACUACAUCAACCUGGUGGAGAUGACUCCUCCGGACUCUGACGUGACCACGGUGGUGGCCAUUGACCCAGACCUGGGGGAGAACGGCACUCUGGUGUACAGCAUCCAGCCACCCAACAAGUUCUACCACAUCAGCAGCAGCACAGGCAAGAUCCGCACCACGCACAUCAUGCUGGACCGGGAGAACCCCGACCCCCACGAGGCGGAGCUGAUGCGCAAGAUCAUCGUCUCCGUCACAGACUGUGGCACACCCCCUCUGAGCGCCACCAGCAGUGCCACGGUGUUUGUGAACCUCUUGGACCUCAAUGACAAUGACCCCACCUUUCAGAACCUGCCUUUUGUGGCCGAGGUGCUUGAAGGCACCCCUGCGGGGGUCUCCGUCUACCAGGUGGUGGCCAUCGACCUGGACGAGGGCCUGAACGGGCUGGUGUCCUACCGCAUGCCUGUGGGCAUGCCCCGCAUGGACUUCCUCAUCAACAGCAGCAGCGGCGUGGUGGUCACCACCGCCGAGCUGGACCGCGAGCGCAUCGCCGAGUACCAGCUGCGCGUGGUGGCCAGCGACGCGGGCGCACCCCCCAAGACCUCCACCAGCACGCUAACCAUCCGAGUGCUGGAUGUGAAUGACGAGACACCCACCUUCCACCCUGCCACAUACAACGUCUCCGUGUCCGAGGACGUGCCGCGGGACUUCCGGGUGGUCUGGCUGAACUGCACCGACAACGACGUGGGCCUCAACGCUGAGCUCAGCUACUUCAUCACAGGUGGAAACGUGGAUGGGAAGUUCAGCGUUGGCUACCGCGACGCCGUCGUGAGAACGGUGGUGAACCUGGACCGGGAGACCACAGCCUCAUACACGCUCGUCCUGGAGGCCAUCGACAACGGCCCCGUGGGCAAGCGGCGCACAGGCACGGCUACCGUGUUUGUCACCGUCCUGGAUGUGAAUGACAACCGGCCCAUCUUUCUGCAGAGCAGCUAUGAAGCCAGCGUCCCCGAGGACAUCCCUGAGGGCCACAGCAUCGUGCAGCUAACAGCCACGGAUGCGGACGAGGGCGAGUUUGGGCGUGUAUGGUACCGCAUCCUUCACGGUAACCAUGGCAACAACUUCUGGAUCCACGUCAGCAGUGGGCUUCUCAUGCGAGGGCCGCGGCCCCUAGACCGGGAGCGGAACUCGUCCCACGUUCUUAUAGUGGAGGCCUACAACCAUGACCUGGGCCCCAUGCGGAGCUCCGUCAGGGUGAUAGUGUACGUGGAGGAUGUCAACGACGAGGCCCCAGUGUUCACGCAGCAGCAGUACAGCCGCCUGGAGCUUCGUGAGACAGCGGGCAUCGGCACGUCGGUCAUCGUCGUCCGAGCCACGGACCGAGACACUGGGGAUGGUGGCCUGGUGAAGUACCGCAUCCUGUCCGGCGCGGAGGGCAAGUUCGAGAUUGAUGAGAGCACGGGGCUUAUCAUCACCGUGGAUUACCUGGACUACGAGACCAAGACCAGCUACCUGAUGAACGUGUCCGCCACCGACCAGGCACCGCCCUUCAACCAGGGCUUCUGCACUGUCUACAUCACUCUGCUCAACGAGCUGGACGAAGCUGUGCAAUUCGCCAACGCCUCCUACGAGGUUGCCAUCUUGGAGAACCUGGCACUGGGCACCGAGAUCGUGCGGGUCCAGGCCUACUCCAUUGACAACAUCAACCAGAUCACCUACCGCUUUGAUGCCUACACCAGCGCCCAGGCCAAAGCCCUCUUCAAGAUAGAUUCCAUCACGGGUGUGAUCACCGUCAAGGGCCUGGUGGACCGGGAGAAAAGCGACUUCUACACCUUGACGGUGGUGGCAGACGACGGCGGCCCCAAGGUGGACUCCACCGUGAAGGUCUACAUCACUGUGCUGGACGAGAAUGACAACAGCCCCCGGUUCGACGUCACGUCCGACUCGGCCGUCAGUGUGCCCGAGGACUGCCCCGUGGGCCAGCGCGUGGCCAUUGUCAAGGCCCGGGACCCCGACGCCGGCAGCAACGGGCAGGUGGUCUUCUCCCUGGCCUCUGGCAACAUCGCCGGGGCCUUUGAGAUCAUCACCACCAACGACUCCAUUGGCGAAGUGUUUGUGGCCACACCCCUGGACAGAGAAGAGCUGGACCACUACAUCCUCAAGGUUGUGGCAUCCGACCGUGGCACCCCUCCACGGAAGAAGGACCACAUCCUGCAGGUGACCAUCCUGGAUGUCAAUGACAACCCCCCGGUGAUCGAGAGCCCCUUUGGAUACAAUGUCAGCGUCAACGAGAAUGUGGGCGGGGGUACCGCUGUGGUCCAGGUGAGAGCCACUGACCGUGACAUCGGGAUCAACAGCGUCCUGUCCUACUACAUCACUGGGGGCAAUGAGGACAUGACCUUCCGCAUGGACCGCAUCAGUGGCGAGAUUGCCACGCGGCCUGCACCACCCGACCGUGAGCGCCAGAGCUUCUACCACCUGGUGGUCACCGUGGAGGACGAGGGCACCCCUACCCUGUCGGCCACCACCCACGUGUAUGUGACCAUCGUGGACGAGAACGAUAACGCGCCCACGUUCCAGCAGCCCCACUACGAGAUCUUACUGGAUGAGGGCCCGGACACAAUCAAUGCCAGCCUCGUCACCGUCCAGGCACUAGACCCGGAUGAGGGGCCCAACGGCACAGUUACCUAUGCCAUCGUUGCCGGCAACAUCAUCGACACCUUUCACAUCGACAGGCACACGGGAGUCAUCUAUGCUGCCAAGGAGCUGGACUACGAGAUCAGCCAUGGCCGCUACACCCUGAUCGUCACCGCCACGGACCAGUGUCCCAUCUUGUCCCAUCGCCUCACCUCUACCACCACGGUGCUUGUGAACGUGAAUGACAUCAACGACAAUGUGCCCACCUUCCCCAGAGACUACGAGGGACCAUUUGAUGUCACCGAGGGCCAACCAGGACCCAGAGUGUGGACCUUCCUGGCCCAUGACCGGGACUCGGGCCCCAAUGGGCAGGUGGAGUACAGCAUCGUGGACGGAGACCCUCUGGGGGAGUUUCUGAUCUCUCCCGUGGAAGGGGUGCUGCGGGUCCGGAAGGAUGUGGAGCUGGACCGGGAGACCAUUGCCUUCUACAACCUGACCAUCUGUGCUCGAGACAGGGGGGUUCCCCCGCUCAGCUCCACGAUGCUGGUGGGGAUCCGGGUGCUGGACAUCAACGACAACGACCCCGUGCUGCUGAACCUACCCAUGAACAUCACCAUCAGCGAGAACAUCCCCGUCUCCAGCUUCGUCACCCGUAUCCUGGCCAGCGACGCUGACAGCGGGUGCAACGCCCUCCUCACCUUCAACAUCACCGCGGGCAACCGAGAGCGGGCCUUCUCCAUCAACGCCACGACAGGGAUCGUCACUGUGAACCGGCCCCUGGACCGCGAGCGGAUCCCGGAAUACAAGCUGACCAUUUCCGUGAAGGACAACCCGGAGAAUCCGCGCAUAGCCAGGAGGGAUUUUGACUUUCUGCUGAUCUUUCUUGCGGAUGAGAACGACAACCACCCCAUCUUUACUGAGAGCACCUACCUGGCGGAGGUGAUGGAGAAUUCUCCUGCUGGGACCCCGCUGACGGUGCUCAAUGGGCCCAUCCUGGCCCUGGACGCAGACCUGGAUGUCUACGCCGUGGUGACCUACCAGCUGCUGGGUGCCCAGAGCGGGCUCUUUGAUAUUGACAACAGCACCGGCGUGGUGACGGUGAGGUCAGGUGUCACCAUUGACCGGGAGGCCUUCUCACCUCCCGUCCUGGAGCUACUGCUGCUGGCUGAGGACAUUGGGCUGCUCAACGGCACAGCCGACCUGAUCGUCACCAUCCUGGAUGACAAUGACAACUGGCCUACCUUUAGCCCUGCCGCCCUCACCGUCCACCUGCUGGAGAACUGCCCACCAGGAUUCUCAGUCCUUCAGGUCACAGCCACAGAUGAGGACAGUGGCCUCAAUGCGGAGCUCGUCUACCGAAUAGAAGCUGGGGCUCAGGACCGCUUCACCAUCCACCCAGCGACUGGUGUCAUACGUGUCGGCAAUGUCACCAUUGACAGGGAGGAGCAGGAAUCCUAUAGGCUGACAGUGGUGGCCACCGACCGGGGCACCAUCCCUCUCUCGGGCACAGCCAUCAUCACUAUCCUUAUCGAUGACAUCAAUGACUCCCGCCCUGAGUUCCUCAACCCCAUCCAGACGGUGAGCGUGCUGGAGUCAGCUGAGCCAGGCACGGUCAUUGCCAACGUCACCGCCAUCGACCGUGACCUCAACCCUAAGCUGACGUACCACAUCAUCAGCAUCAUGGCCAAGGAUGACACUGACCGCCUGGUGCCCGACCAGGAGGACGCCUUUGCCGUGAAUAUCAACACAGGGUCUGUAAUGGUGAAAUCCCCCCUGAACCGGGAACUGGUUGCCACCUAUGAGGUCACUCUCUCAGUGAUUGACAAUGCCAGCGACCUACCAGAGCUCUCCGUCAGUGUGCCAAAUGCCAAGCUGACGGUCAACAUCCUGGACGUCAACGAUAACACGCCCCAAUUCAAGCCCUUCGGGAUCACCUACUACACGGAGAGGGUCCUGGAGGGGGCCACCCCAGGCACCACGCUCAUCGCCGUGGCAGCCGUGGACCCCGACAAGGGCCUCAAUGGGCUGAUCACCUACAGCCUGCUGGACCUGAUACCCCCGGGCUAUGUCCAGCUGGAAGACUCCUCAGCAGGCAAAGUCAUUGCCAAUCGGACGGUGGACUAUGAGGAAGUGCACUGGCUCAACUUUACCGUGAGGGCCUCAGACAAUGGGUCCCCACCCCGGGCAGCUGAGAUUCCUGUCUACCUGGAGAUUGUGGACAUCAAUGACAACAACCCCAUCUUUGACCAACUCUCCUACCAGGGAGCCAUCUUUGAGGAUGCUCCUGUGGGCACAGUCAUCCUGAGAGUCACUGCUACUGAUGCCGACUCAGGCAACUUCGCCCUCAUUGAGUACAGCCUUGUGGACGGCGAGGGCAAGUUUGCUAUCAACCCCGACACAGGUGACAUCUAUGUUCUGUCCUCUCUGGACCGGGAGAAGAAGGCUCACUACAUCCUGACUGCCUUGGCCAAAGAUAACCCUGGAGAUGUAGCCAGCAACCGUCGAGAAAAUUCGGUGCAGGUGGUAAUCCAGGUGUUGGACAUCAAUGACUGCCGGCCACAGUUCUCCAAGCCCCAGUUCAGCACGAGCGUGUAUGAGAAUGAGCCAGCGGGCACCUCCGUCAUCACCAUGAUGGCCACCGACCAGGAUGAGGGCUCCAAUGCGGAGCUGGCCUACUCCCUCGAGGGCCCGGGCGUGGAGGCCUUCCACGUGGACAUGGACUCGGGCCUGGUGACCACAAAGCGGCCACUGAAGUCCUACGAGAGGUUCAACCUGACCGUGGUGGCCACGGAUGGCGGACAGCCCCCACUCUGGGGCACCGCCAUGCUCCUGGUGGAGGUCAUCGACGUCAACGACAACCGCCCCGUCUUCGUGCGCCCACCCAAUGGCACCAUCCUCCACAUCAAAGAGGAGAUCCCACUGCGCUCCAACGUGUACGAGGUCUAUGCCACAGACGAGGACGAGGGCCUCAAUGGGGCCGUGCGCUACAGCUUCCUGAAGACAACAGGCAACCGGGACUGGGAGUACUUCACCAUCGACCCAGUCAGUGGGCUCAUCCAGACCGCGCAGCGCCUGGACAGAGAGAAGCAGGCAGUGUACAGUCUCAUCCUGGUGGCCAGCGACUUGGGCCAGCCGGUGCCUUAUGAGACUAUGCAGCCACUGCUGGUGGCCCUGGAGGACAUCGAUGACAACGAACCCCUCUUCGUGAGGCCUCCGAAAGGCAGCCCCCAGUACCAGUUGAUGACAGUUCCCGAGCACUCACCACGUGGCACCCUCGUGGGCAACGUGACAGGCGCUGUGGACGCAGACGAGGGCCCCAACGCCAUCGUGUACUACUUCAUCGCAGCCGGCGACGAAGAGAAGAACUUCCAGCUGCAGCCCGACGGGCGUCUGCUGGUGCUGCGGGACCUGGACAGGGAGCGCGAAGCUGUCUUCUCCUUCAUCGUCAAGGCCUCAAGCAAUCGCAGCUGGACGCCUCCCCGUGGGCACUCCCUAGUCCUGGACCUGGUCACUGACCUCACCCUGCAGGAAGUGCGUGUCGUGCUGGAGGACAUCAACGACCAGCCACCACGCUUCACCAAGGCUGAGUACACUGCAGGAGUGGCCACCGACGCUAAAAUGGGCUCAGAGUUGAUCCAAGUGCUGGCCCUGGAUGCAGAUAUUGGCAACAACAGCCUCGUCUUCUACAGCAUCCUGGCCAUCCACUACUUCCGGGCCUUUGCCAAUGACUCUGAGGAUGUGGGCCAGGUCUUCACGAUGGGGAGUGUGGAUGGCAUCCUGCGCACCUUCGAUCUCUUCAUGGCCUACAGCCCUGGCUACUUUGUAGUGGACAUUGUGGCCCGAGACCUGGCAGGUCACAAUGACACAGCCAUCAUUGGCAUCUACAUCCUGAGGGAUGACCAGCGGGUCAAGAUCGUCAUUAAUGAGAUCCCCGACCGUGUGCGUGGCUUCGAGGAGGAGUUCAUCCGCCUGCUCUCCAACAUCACUGGUGCCAUUGUCAACACCGAUGACGUGCAGUUCCACGUGGACACGAAGGGUCGGGUGAACUUCGCACAGACAGAGCUGCUUAUCCACGUGGUGAACCGCGAAACCAACCGUAUCCUGGACGUGGACCGGGUGAUCCAGAUGAUCGAUGAAAACAAGGAGCAGCUGAGGAAUCUAUUCCGGAACUACAACGUCCUAGACGUGCAGCCCGCCAUCUCUAUCCAGCUGCCCGAAGACAUGUCCGCCCUGCAGAUGGCGACCAUCGUCCUGGCCCUUCUCCUCUUCCUGGCUGCCAUGCUCUUCAUCCUCAUGAACUGGUACUACAGGACCGUACACAAGAGGAAGCUCAAAGCCAUCGUGGCUGGCUCGGCAGGGAAUCGCGGCUUCGUUGACAUCAUGGACAUGCCCAACACCAACAAGUUUUCCUUUGACGGGGCCAACCCCGUGUGGCUGGAUCCUUUCUGCCGGAACCUGGAGCUGGCUGCCCAGGCAGAGCACGAGGAUGACCUGCCGGAGAACCUGAGUGAGAUCGCCGACCUGUGGAGCAGCCCCACCCGCACCCACGGAACUUUUGGGCGUGAACCAGCAGCAGUCAAGCCUGAUGAUGACCGGUACCUGCGGGCGGCCAUCCAGGAGUAUGACAACAUUGCCAAGCUGGGCCAGAUCAUUCGGGAGGGGCCCAUCAAGGGCUCGCUGCUGAAGGUGGUCCUGGAGGAUUACCUGCGGCUCAAAAAGCUCUUUGCACAGCGGAUGGUGCAAAAAGCCUCCUCCUGCCACUCCUCCAUCUCCGAGCUGAUCCAGACUGAGCUGGAAGAGGAGCCAGGGGAGCGCAGCCCCGGCCAGGGCAGCCUGCGCUUCUGCCACAAGCCACCUACGGAGCUCAGAGGGCCAGGCGGGAUCCACGUGACGCACGGCAGCACGGGCACGCUGCUGGCUACCGACCUCAACAGCCUGCCCGAGGACGACCAGAAGGGCCUGGGCCGCUCGCUGGAGACGCUGACCGCCGCCGAAGCCAGCGCCUUCGAGCGCAACGCCCGCACCGAGUCCGCCAAAUCCACGCCCCGGCACAAGCUUCGCGACGUGAUCGUGGAGAGCCCCCUGGAGAUCACAGAGCUAUGACUAGAUGGGGGGAGCCCGACGGGUAUGAGCAGCCCAACCCCAGCCCUCCCGGGGCGAGAGCAGGGGCAGGACCUCCGGGCGGGGGAGGGCCCUCCCUAGGCAGCUCUGGGCGCGCAGCCUUGGGUCGGCCCAGAAGCAGGGCCCAUGUCAGCUGCUCAGAUUCCACUUUUGCCAGACGCUCAUUCGGCAUCUGAUCUCUACCGUCAUAAAAUGUUAUUUUUUUAAGAAAACCGAACAGAAAUGGUGAGUAUCUAAGAACGAGGUAAGGAGGGUCACCAAGAGGCCAAGCUGGCCCUCUUCCCCUCCCACCCCGCCUCACGGCACAGGCGUCCAGCACCGGGGAGGGAGCCCAGAGCAGGCAUACCCUGCCUGGCCUUGACUCUCUGACCCCAGUUCAAGUCCCAGUGCAUUUCUGCCACAUCCCUGGCCGGAC